GGGAAGAGGACCGGAGUUCUGGAGCCACUGCUGCUGGUACUGGGUGUUUGACACUUGGAACGUUGUUACAUUUUAUUUUAUUCUUUGUAUUUGUAUAAUUUGACACUGACAGCGGAAAGAAUGCAGUCUGAAUCGGGGAUAGUACCCGAUUUUGAAGUCGGCGAGGAAUUCCAUGAAGAACCUAAAACGUAUUACGAACUGAAAAGCCAGCCGUUGAAAAACAGUAAUUCAUCAGAGCAGCCGGGGUCCUCCAAGCCCCCGUUGAGCUCUUCCACUAUGACGUCACGGAUCUUGCUACGGCAGCAGCUCAUGCGUGAGCAAAUGCAAGAGCAGGAGCGUCGAGAACAGAGGCAGAAGCAGCAAGCGGCACAGUACAUGCAGCAGAGAACCACAAGCAGUCAGACACCAGCCAUCAACGUCAGCAUCCCCACCAGCCUGCCUACUGCAACACCGGUACCAAUGGAAGUCCUCAAGGCUUGUGACCUGGUCUCCGCUGUGCCAGCCUGUAUGGGUCCUCACAAAGCUGGGCUGAAUGAACACCUUUUAAAAAGAAACAGUAAGGUGCAAACACACCUUGAAAACCCAACCAAGUACCACAUUCAGCAGGCCCAGAGGCAGCAGGUUAAGCAGUACCUCUCCACCACUCUUGGAAACAAGCUUCCCAACCAUGCCCUCAGCUUGCCCUGUACCAAUCAACCCAUUGAGCAUGUAAUGCAUCCGGGACCUGGGAGCAGUGCCCCCAACAGCCCCAUGGCCAUGCUUAACUUGAACAACUGUGAAAAAGAGAGUUUGUAUUUACAGAUGGAUGAUGUCAUUGAUGACAUAAUCGGUUUGGAGUCAAGCUACAAUGAUGACAUCCUUGGACUUAUGGACCCAGGACUACAAAUGGCCAACACGCUCCCUGUUUCUGCUAAUCUUCUUGAUAUGUACAGUAAUCAAGCGAUGCCACCACCUGGCCUUAAUAUCAGCAACUCCUGUCCAGCUAAUCUACCCAACAUUAAAAGGGAAUUCACAGUUACCCCAGCUCCUGCCAUGAUGCACAUUCUGGAGAAUUCUGGAUCGUGUGGCAGUUUUGAAAGCUAUCAAAGGCCAGAAGGUUUUCCAGUAGAGGCUGAAGCUAGAGCCUUAGCAAAGGAAAGACAAAAAAAGGACAAUCAUAACUUAAUUGAACGAAGAAGGAGGUUUAACAUUAAUGAUCGUAUUAAAGAGCUGGGAACUUUGAUUCCAAAGUCAAAUGAUCCCAAUAUGAUUCCAAAGUCAAAUGAUUCGGACAUGCGUUGGAACAAAGGCACCAUUUUGAAAGCGUCUGUUGACUAUAUCCGUAAACUCCAAAGAGAGCAGCAACGAUCAAAGGAACUUGAGAACCGACAGAAGAAGCUGGAACAUGCCAACAGGCACCUCAUGCUAAGAAUCCAGGAGCUUGAGAUGCAAGCCCGGGCUCAUGGACUGUCUGUUGUGGCCUCAACAAGUCUGUGCUCCUCCGAACUUUCACCAAGGAUCAUUAAACAAGAGUCAGCGCAAGGAGACUGCAAUCAGGAGGUUUAUCAUCACCAUCCAGACCUGUCCCACACCACAACCCUCGAUCUUACUGAUGGGACUAUCACCUUCAGUGACAGCCUUGGACACAUACAUGAGUCCGGAGCCUACACUGUAGCCACGAAAGUGGGCUCCAAACUAGAAGACAUGUUGAUGGACGAUACUCUUUCCCCUGUGGGAGCGACUGACCCAUUACUCUCGUCAGUGUCGCCCGGAGCUUCUAACAACAGCAGCAGGAGAAGCAGCGUAAGCAUGGAGGAGAACGACCGUGGGUGUUAGCAGCGGCUAUCCAAAAUUCACUACAUACUGCAUAACUUCUAUUAAAACUGUACUAACUUCAUACACAUUAUUUCUCCUCUAAGUAGCUUUAACUUCUGUUGUGAAGUAAAGCCUGUCAUUUGAAAAAGAAGACUGGGUUGGAGGAGUGUGACUAAGCAUUGCUUGAAGAUACAGUGGUAUGUGUCGGCUACUUGUGUGUGUGGGUGGGUGUGUUUGCGUGUGUGUAUGUGUACGUGUAGAAUAUAAAAAAAAAAAAAAAAAAAAAAAACACUUUGUGUAGAAUUGUCUUGUCAAAUAAUAUAUCCAGUGCUAUUUUCUGAAUCUUGCACAGAAUUGUAAUUUAGCUGUAUAAAAUGAACCCUUUGAAGUGAAUGAUAAUUAUGGUAAGUGUUGGAAGAGAAACUAUUGAAAAUCAGAUUGGUAGUGAGGCCAAAGUUUUAAUUAAUAAGAAUAUGAAUAAAUAUCAGUUGUUCGUGCGGAACUACAAUAUAGUUCUACGUGCAGGCAUUUUUUUUGUUGCCCUGUAUUCAACGUUGAAAUGUCCAUGCAGGUCACACUAGCUCAAAAAGGAAGCCUGUCAAGUAAACAGGCAUGUUUUUUUUUUUUUUUUAUGUCAGUUUCUUAAUAUUAAAAUUCUUUAUGUUCAGUUGCACAGUUGAUUGAUUCGCAUGCUCUUUUGAUCUGAUUUAUCUUUAACAGUUACAUUCAGGAUAUUUUUUAAAUAUAAGAAUGUUCAUGUUGAGAAUACUGAUACAGAGCUUAGUGACACUAUUGUUUUUAGUGCUUUCUCCAUUGUAUGACAUUUGCAUUGUGAAUAAACACUUGAAGGAGGUUGAAAUACAAGGUUGGAUAUUUUGGUUGUAACAAACUCGUAUUUAAGUUGUUAUAAAGACACAUGAUCUUGUAUGACUAUUUUAGGUAAUCAUAACUAAAUAUAAAUGCUUUCAUAUUCUAUUUCUACUGAUAAACAUAGACGUGCAACUGUAGCAAGCAUACAGUACUAUUGUAUAGGGGUAGAGUUAUUGGUUAGUUUUACACUGCAGCUUGUGAUAAAGAUUGAACUGUUUAUUCAAGUAACUGUUACUUAAUAUUAGUAUUGGUUUUAUCACUCAACGUUGUUGUAAGACUAGUUUAAAUGCAUUAUCUACUUAAAUGUGGAGCUAUGCAAUUCUAAUAGUUGUAUUUAGAUAUAUUGUGCCUCUGUGUUAUACAAAAGAAAACAUUAUGGUGUUAUGAGCCAGGAUGGUGAACUGAUUUACUAAUAAUGGCAGAAGAAUGUGUGCUGAAAAUGAAGUGCCUUACAUUUCAAAAGAACUGACUGAAGAGGGCUGGUUUGUGUAUUUAAAGGUAUUUGAUGCAGGAUGUUGCCUUGGCACAUUAAGGAGUACUACAGCUGGGAUAAACACCACAUUUUAUGAAUGCAUUCUCUUUAUGCAAGACUGCUUGUCAACAGAAGUUGUCAGCUGAGACAAACUCAGCAUAUAUCUGACAUAAAGACUGAUUCAGGAGGUGUGCAUUGAGAAAGGGACAGUAUCAAUCUGGGCAGUGACCUUGACGAAGGGCUUUCUUUCUUUAUAUUAUUUUAUUUGGUUUGUUUAAAGGUUAAAAUGUUAUAUGAAAAAAUAAUAAUCUGUUGGCAUUACAUGAUGCCUGCUUGCCAUAUAUUUUCAGCACUAACCUUGCUGAAAUAACCCAUUAUAUCGUACACUCCAAAUGUGCCCGCAAUGCAAUACGCAGUAACCCUGAAACGCUCCCAUGAACCCUGUGGCAUAGACACAGUGUAGGAUAGUUUUAAACAGAGCCUUAAAAGAGAUAAUCCAAUCCUAUCCCACAUCAAGACUGUUCUUGUUAUAUUCAAAUGUGAACCAGAAUGGACUGCCAAAUGUUUUAAUGUUGCCAAAAGUGACAUAAGUCAAAGUAUGCAAUGCAAUAGACUUUCUGUUUUUAAAUGUUUUAUUUUUUUCAAAAUGCAAAGCAAUAUUUUUUAAUACUUAAAGCAAUCAUAAUAUGCAGGUAAAGCACAAAAGACAUGCACUUACAGGGAUGUUCUUGAAGCAAACGAUGCACCGGGGAGAUGCCUAUAUUGUUAGACAUAGCACCUGUUAUUUCUUGACCAAGUGAUAUUAAAAUACUGCCUCUUGCUGAGAUGCUUGGUACUGUAAUGUAAUUAAAACUCUGUCACUGCUGACUGCAGCACAUUGACUUGCAUACUGUCCAUACUAUUGUGGGAUAUGGAUCAGCGAUAACUUGUAUUCAGUGAAAUUGAAUGUUUAAACAAUUUCUUGGUAGACUGAUUAAAGUAUAUGGUUUUUCACA